CUCAGGAAGCUGAGGGGCCCACACAGGAAGGAGCGAGUGGGACUUUCCUCCCGCUGUUGUUCGCCUCUGCCCUCCCGUAGCUGGCCCAGAGGUCCUCACCUCCAGGCAGGCAGCACUCAUGGCACCUCCAAGUGAGGAGACGCCCCUGAUCUCUCAGCGCUCCUGCAGCCUCUCCUCUUCAGAGGCUGGUGCCCUGCACGUGCUGCUGCCCCCUCGGGGCCCUGGACCCCCACAGUGCCUCUCCUUCUCCUUUGGGGACCACUCAGCUGAAGAGCUAUGUGUUUGGGCUGCUAAGGCCAGUGGCAUCCUGCCCGUGUACCACUCCCUCUUUGCUCUGGCCUUGGAGGACCUGUCCUGUUGGUUCCCCCCGAGCCACAUCUUCUCCGUGGAGGACGCGGGCACCCAGGUCCUUGUCUACAGGCUCCGCUUUUACUUCCCCAACUGGUUUGGGCUAGAGAAGUGCCACCGCUUUGGGCUACGAAAGGACUUAGCCAGUGCCAUCCUUGACCUGCCAGUCCUGGAGCACCUCUUUGCCCAGCACCGCAAUGACCUGGUCAGCGGCCGCCUCCCGAUGGGCCUCAGCCUCAAGGAGCAGGGCGAGUGUCUCAGCUUGGCUGUGCUGGACCUGGCCCAGAUGGCCCUCGAGCAAGGUCAGCGGCCCGAGGAGCUGCUGAAGACCAUCAGCUACAAGGUCUGCCUGCCCCCCGGCCUGCGCGACCUGAUCCAGGGCCUGAGCUUCGUGACGCGGAGGCGUAUCCGAAGGACAGUGCGCCGGGCCUUGCGCCGCUUGGCCGCCUGCCAGGCUGAUAAGCACUCGCUCAUGGCCAAGUACAUCAUGGACCUCGAGCGGCUGGACCCAGACAGGGCCACCGAGACCUUCCGCGUGGGCCUCCCCGGAGCUGCUGGUGGUCAGGAUGCGCCGGGGCUGCUCCGCGUGGCUGGCGGCAGUGGCAUCGCCUGGAGCCCGGGAGAACACGAGGUCCUCCAGCCCUUCUGCGACUUUCCAGAAAUCGUGGAUAUCAGCAUCAAGCAGGCCCCGCGCAUUGGCCCCGCCGGGGAGCACCGCCUGGUCACCAUCACCAGGACAGACAACCAGAUCCUGGAGGCCGAGUUCCCGGGGCUGCCCGCAGCGUUGUCCUUCGUGGCGCUCGUGGAUGGCUACUUCCGGCUGACCACUGACUCCGGACACUACUUCUGCAAGGAGGUGGCGCCGCCGCGGCUGCUGGAGCAAGUGGCUGAGCAGUGCCAUGGCCCCAUCACCUUGGAUUUUGCCAUCAACAAACUCAAGACUGGGGGUUCACUUCCCGGCUCCUACGUUCUCCGCCGCAGUCCCCAGGAUUUCGACAGCUACCUCCUAACUGUCUGUGUCCCGACCCCCCUGGGCCCUGAUUACAAGGGCUGCCUCAUCCGGUGCGACCCCACAGGAACCUUUUCCCUGGCUGGCCUUGGCCGUCCCCACAGCAGUCUUCGAGAGCUCCUGGCAGCCUAUUGGGAUGGUGGGUUGCACGUGGAUGGGGUUGAGCUGAACCUCACCUUCUGCUGCAGCCCCAGACCCAAAGAAAAGUCCAAUCUGAUUGUGGUCCGGAGAGAUUGCAACCCACCCACAUCAUCCCCUGUUCAGCCCCAAUCCCAAUGCCAGCUGAGUCAGAUGACAUUUCACAAGAUCCCUGCUGACAGCCUGGAGUGGCAUGAGAACCUGGGUCACGGGUCCUUUACCAAGAUUUACCGGGGCUGUCGCCAUGAGGUUGUGGAUGGGGAGGCCCGAGAGACAGAGGUGCUGCUCAAAGUGAUGGAUGCCAAGCACAAGAACUGCAUGGAGUCAUUCCUGGAAGCAGCGACCUUGAUGAGCCAAGUGUCGUACCAGCAUCUCGUGUUGCUCCAUGGCGUGUGCAUGGCUGGAGACAGCAUAAUGGUGCAGGAAUUUGUAUACCUGGGAGCGCUGGACACAUAUCUGCGUAAGUGUGGCCAGCUGGUGCCGGCCAGCUGGAAGCUACAGGUGAUCAAACAGCUGGCUUAUGCCCUCAACUAUCUGGAAGACAAAGGUCUCCCUCACGGCAAUGUCUCAGCCCGGAAGGUGCUCCUGGCUCGGGAGGGGGCUGACGGGAACCUGCCUUUCAUCAAGCUGAGUGACCCCGGUGUCAGCCCCACUGUGCUAAGCCUGGAGAUGCUCACUGACAGGAUCCCCUGGGUGGCCCCUGAGUGUCUCCAGGAGGCCCGAACACUUGGCUUGGAAGCUGACAAGUGGGGCUUUGGUGCCACAGUCUGGGAGGUGUUCAGCGGUGUCACAAUGCCCAUCAGCACCCUGGAUCCUGCCAAGAAGCUCCAGUUUUACCAGGAACGGCAGCAACUGCCUGCACCCAAGUGGAUGGAGCUGGCCCUGCUGAUCCAACAGUGCAUGGCCUAUGAGCCAGGCCAGAGGCCCUCUUUCCGCGCUGUCAUCCGUGACCUGAACAGCCUCAUCACUUCAGAUUAUGAGCUCCUCUCAGACCCCACACCUGGUGCCCUGGCGCCCCGUGAUGGUCUUUGGAAUGGUGCCCAGCUCUAUGCCUGCCAGGACCCUACCAUCUUUGAGGAGAGACACCUCAAGUACAUCUCACAGCUGGGCAAGGGCAACUUUGGCAGCGUGGAACUGUGCCGCUAUGACCCGCUGGGCGACAACACAGGUGCCCUGGUGGCCGUGAAGCAGUUGCAGCACAGCGGGCCAGAACAGCAGAGGGACUUCCAGCGGGAGAUCCAGAUCCUCAAAGCCCUCCACAGUGACUUCAUUGUCAAGUACCGGGGUGUCAGCUAUGGCCCAGGCCGCCUGAGCCUGCGGCUGGUCAUGGAGUACCUGCCCAGCGGCUGCCUGCGCGACUUCCUGCAGCGGCACCGCGCGCGCCUUGACGCUGGCCGCCUGCUCCUCUACGCCUCGCAAAUCUGCAAGGGCAUGGAGUACCUGGGCUCCCGCCGCUGCGUGCACCGCGACCUGGCAGCCCGUAACAUCCUGGUGGAGAGCGAGACGCAUGUCAAAAUCGCCGACUUCGGCCUCGCCAAGCUGCUGCCGCUCGACAAAGACUACUACGUGGUCCGCGAGCCAGGCCAGAGCCCCAUCUUCUGGUACGCCCCAGAGUCCCUCUCGGACAACAUCUUCUCGCGUCAGUCGGAUGUCUGGAGCUUCGGGGUCGUCCUGUACGAGCUCUUCACCUACAGUGACAAGAGCUGUAGCCCCUCAGCCGAGUUCCUGCGGAUGAUGGGAUGUGAGAGAGAUGUGCCAGCCCUCUGCCGCCUCCUGGAGCUGCUGGCCGAGGGCCAGAGGCUGCCCGCACCUCCUGCCUGUCCUGGUGAGGUUCAUGAGCUCAUGAAGCUGUGCUGGGCCCCUAGCCCGCAAGACCGGCCACCAUUCAGCGCCCUGGGCCCCCAGCUGGAUGCACUGUGGAAUGGAAGCCAGGGAUAGUGUCCAGAGGCAUGAGACCCUCACCUGCCCUGCUUGUCUAGAGGGAGAACCCCAUUCUCUGUCUUUUUUAUAUCUCCUGCACACAGACCUCUGGGUUCUGGUCUCCAUGGACUGGCUGUGUGACCUUGAGCAGGGACCUACCCCUCUCUGGGCCUCCUGCUUCAGAGACCCCCUUCAUGGAGCAAAUGACAUUGCACUUGGGGGAGCACCCCUGGCUUGUAGAGCAACAGCAGCCUCGUAGCAUUAGGAACUUGUAAAGAUUCAAGACAGAUGCAAUGGUGGGGUCUACUGAGCCCCCCCCACCCCAGAAUCGAGGGACCAGAGUUAAGUCCCCCCCAUCUUCCCAACCUCUCAGGGCCUGGCCUGGAGCUUCCUGUCUCAUUUCCAGAGGAGACAUUAUAUAGCUUUAAAUAUGUGAUCUCAGGCUUCUAUUCCCCCCUCCCUCUUUAGCUGGAGGAAGCCAAGGACAAGAGAGCUGCCCUGGCUGAAAAUUCACUUUUUGGGGGGAGCCUGUGUGACUGUUCAGAAUUGUGUAAGAGACCAGGAGAAGCUGAGGCCCCAGUCCACACUAACUGAACCUGAGGGUUCCAGGGCUUCAGUUUUCCUGCCUGUACACUGGGGCCCUUUCUGUCCAGACCAGAGGAUCACACAACUGAUGACAAUGGAGCCUAACAGGAGCUUUUCAGUGGGUGAAGGAAGGAAAGGCAUUCUUGGCAGAGGGAACAGCAUGGUGAAAGGAGGAGGCUCAGAGUACAGAGGUUAAGCGUGCAGGUAUUGGAGCCCACGGUUCUGCCACUUAUUUGCUGUGUGAUGGUGGGAGAGUUGCUUCCUCUCUCUGGGCCUCAGUUCCAUCCUCUGUAUAAUGGGCAAUAGUGUUGGCCCUUUGGCUAUACAGAGUCAACUUCUGGAGGCUUGUGAGAAGGCAUCUUGUGCAGGUUAAGCUUACCCCACCACUCCUUCACACCAGCCUGCAAGGUUUUUCUGCCACUUUUUGCCUCCCUGGAAAACUCUUAUUCAUCUCUCAGAACCCCAGCUAUCACCUCCUUGCAGCGUUCCCUAGGGUUCUCCCACCACUCCCAGUCAGCCCUGUACUUCUGACCCUAGGGCUGGGGUGGUGUCUGCGUCCAGCUCUGUCUCUUCUGACGUGGAGGCUCCUUGGGGGCUGGGCUGGGCACAGAGGGGACUCUGGGAGUGUAUGUUGAAUGAAUAAAGAAGUUCAAUGAAAAGGA